GUCUUUCACAUAAUUGAAGCAGAAUCAAAGAAGUCUUUCUAGAAAAAAAAAAAAAAUUAUUAUGGCAACACAAGCAUUGGCCUCAUCAUCAUCACUCACCUCCUCGGUGGAGUCUGCUAGGCAAAUCCUUGGUGCAAGGCCCCUUGUUACACCUUCAAGAAAGUUAUCUUUUGUUGUCAAAGCUGCUUCCACCCCUCCUGUUAAGCAAGGAGACAGACAGCUUUGGUUUGCAUCCAAGCAAUCUCUUUCUUACCUGGAUGGAAGUCUUCCAGGUGACUUUGGAUUUGACCCACUUGGGCUUUCGGACCCAGAAGGGACUGGAGGAUUCAUUGAGCCCAAAUGGCUAGCUUAUGGAGAAGUUAUCAAUGGACGGUUCGCCAUGUUGGGUGCAGCUGGAGCUAUUGCACCAGAGAUUUUUGGCAAGCUUGGGCUCAUCCCUGCUGAAACCGCCCUCCCAUGGUUCAAGACCGGUGUCAUCCCCCCAGCGGGAACAUACACCUAUUGGGCUGACCCUUUCACCCUAUUUGUGUUUGAAAUGGCGUUAAUGGGCUUUGCAGAACACAGAAGACUCCAAGAUUGGUAUAACCCAGGGUCAAUGGGAAAACAAUACUUUUUGGGCUUAGAGAAAGGUUUUGCCGGGUCAGGUGAACCAGCUUACCCAGGCGGUCCAUUUUUCAACCCAUUAGGAUUUGGUAAAGAUGAAAAGUCAAUGAAAGAAUUGAAGCUAAAAGAGAUCAAGAAUGGAAGAUUGGCUAUGUUGGCCAUCUUGGGUUACUUCAUUCAGGGUUUGGUGACCGGCGUUGGCCCUUUCCAGAACCUUUUGGACCAUUUGGCUGAUCCCGUCAACAACAAUGUCUUGACCAGCCUUAAGUUUCACUAGAAUCUUUAUCUUCCUUCCUAUAAUGUAAUAUUAUGUGCAGAAUCUCUUCUAAAUAUCAUUAUCACUUUGUAUCGAAUUAAUGAUAAACGGAAACCUUGUUAUUACUAA